CUCUACCUCUCACUCCAUCUCUCAUGCAUAUCAAGGAAGCACUAAACACCAACCACUCCCACAUCUUUCUAUUCUCCUCCUCCGCUUUCUUUCUUGUUCGCGAUUCUCACGAUGCUUCAGAAACAGCGGCUCUCGACCGAUCUCUCUUCGCUUGCUUUUUUCGUCGCAAGAUCGGCUGACUCGCCCCGGUUCAUAGUACACUACAAAGUACCCCCCCUGGUGCCAAAUUGCGGUUCCCCGGAGCUCCCCCAGCUAUACCAAAACGGAAGAAAGUAAACAAAGGGCCCGAGCUUUGCGACGAAGCACCGCCCAACGCCCAACUCGACACUCGACCACGGCACCACAGUACCACGGCCAAAGUGGGAGACCAAGGGGAAAAAAAGACCACUUUCACCUUGGACCAGGCCCUGGACUCCCGCUCGACAACCGAACAAGCGAACAAGCCCGCCCGCUACCGCCGCUGUCCCAAGCAACCAGACUGCUGUCGAUCCGCUUGCUUUAUUAAAUCCAAUUGCUUUUGGUCCGCCCUAAAUACACAAGCCAGGCCGUCCUGACUGACACACGACAGCCCGUUCCCUGGAUACCCAUUUCUUCUCUCGAAACUCUCCUAGCAUACUGUCGCUUCGCCCGCGCAACUCUCUUAUCGAAAUCCCUCGGUCUAGGACUCCCGGGUCGACCGUCGCCAGCUCCUCCCUCCCUCCCACUCCAUCUUUGCUGCAAGGAAUUCUGUUGAGCGAACAAAAACGAUUCAAUGACGUCCAAAUCGGCCGCGAUGGCCGACGAGGGUGUCGCCGAACACUACCAAGUUCUGGAGGAGCUCGGUCGUGGAAGUUUCGGUGUCGUUUACAAGGCCAUUGAAAAGGCCACUGGCGAGACGGUCGCUAUCAAACAUAUCGAUCUCGAGUCAAGCGAAGAUGACAUUCAAGAGAUUCAAGGCGAAAUCGCUGUGCUGAGCACAUGCGCGAGUUCCUUCGUCACGCAAUACAAAGGCAGUUUCCUGCGCGGCCACAAGCUCUGGAUCGUCAUGGAAUAUCUUGGUGGUGGUUCAUGUCUCGACUUGCUCAAACCCGCCAACUUUGCCGAGGUCCACAUCGCCAUCAUCUGUCGAGAGCUUCUUCGUGGUCUCGAAUACCUCCACGCCGAGGGUAAAAUUCACAGAGAUAUCAAGGCUGCCAAUGUUCUCUUGUCCGAGGCAGGAAAAGUCAAGCUGGCCGAUUUCGGCGUCGCCGCUCAAUUGACCAAUAUCAAGUCCCAGCGGAACACCUUCGUCGGCACUCCUUUUUGGAUGGCUCCCGAAGUCAUUCAGCAGGAUGGCUAUGGUUUCAAGGCAGAUAUCUGGUCUCUCGGAAUCACUGCCAUGGAGAUGGCCAACGGCGAACCUCCUCUGGCGCACAUUCAUCCGAUGAAAGUUUUGUUCCACAUCCCGAAGAACUCUCCUCCGCGACUGGAGAACAACUUCAGCAAGGACUUUAGGGAUUUUGUUGCACAGUGCUUGGUCAAGGACUCUGAUCGCAGGCCUUCGGCCAAAGAUCUCCUUCGUCACCGAUUCAUCAGAUCAGCGGGCAAAGUUGAGGCUCUUCAGGAGCUGAUUGCGCGCAAGCAGAUGUGGGAUGCAAACCAGAACCGGAGGUCCCAUCCCACCUUUUACCAAGAGACCCUGCAUACCAUGUCUUCCAGGGACGACACGGACGAGUGGGUGUUUGACACGGUCAAGUCAGUGGCGCCAAAGCGGCCGAAUGGUCAUGCACGGAAGCCUUCCUACUUUGCGGCAGAAGAGGCCAUGCGCCGGCUCGACCCCAAGGACGCGCCGCUCGGCCCUUCGUCACCCGCUCCCGGGACAGUUCGCCGGUCGACUGUGCGUCGCCAGCCCUCGAGCCGCCAGAGUUCCGGCACACAGAUCCAAACAAACGGCUCACCUCGCUCGACCGUCGCCAGACGGCCUUUACAACCAGACAUGUCGUACGGUAACUCUGGGUCCUCCGUGCGACUCUUCCGCCGGGUGCCCUCGGAUGGCUCCGUCACCGCAUGGGAGGACACUUCGCCUGAGGGUACCAUGGGCAAUGAGAACAAAGCACCGAUGCGGGCAGCCGCGAUUGAUACCAAUAGCAAAGAGGCGCUGCUUGGGCGGCGACUCUUCAACAGGGUCCUGGAUCCUACCCUCGCCGAGCUUCACGCGCAGACGUCGGGCAUGCAGAGGCGGGAGGCGCUUGCGAAGCUCACCGAUGCCUUCACGCUUUUGGACUCUGUUGAUCCCGAGGGUGCCUAUCACCUCAUGCAGAACAUGAUGACAGCUGUCUCCCAGGAUCCCAAGCUGAACCAGGCCUUGAUGCCCCAGCAAUCGGUCAAGAUUCCGUCGGAUGGCACUCCCCAAGGAACGGUUAUCAUCAGGAGCGCCGCUCCCACGCCAUCAAGCAGCCCGACCAAGCUGAUGAUGGCAGCAAACAACCCACACCUCAAGAGCCAUAGGAGGCGCAAUGGGUCGAUUGCGACACCCGAAUCUGCCGAGAAGGAACGUAGCGAGAAGACGGCUGUGGAAGCCAAGUAUCCCGGUCGCCCUCCCCGGCCCGGUAUGGAGCACUGCAAGCAGCUCUCGGACGUGCUUUACGGCCGGUGGACGGAGGGCUUGAGAAUCAGAUGGCCAGCGGUCUAGCUCCGAUCUCUUUUUGACGGUCAUCUGAAGGAUAUGGGUAAAGAUUGACACAACAUUAUUAUUCACGAGAAACAUGCUGUAUGAUGAGAAGUGUAUGAACACGUCGCAGCAUACCGGGUUGGACAGCACACACAAAAAGCAUUGGGAGAGAGUUUUCAUUUCAGCUUUUGGCAGAUUGGAGAGUUAUUUUUACCACUGAGGGUUAGGCUUGAUUCUUUUUCCUCCGGAUUGAAGACGCUGAUGAUGGGACUAACUUUUCCCCGGCGAUGAUGUUACUUUCACGACGGGAUGAGUAUCUACACGCAGCCGAUUCGGGUUUUCAUGUUCGCUCUUCUGCUUCGCAUUGGGUUUGGCGUUUUUUUGGGUCUUUGUUUGGUAGUAGUUAGAUACCUCCUAGGUAGCGUUAAGAUUGCGUUUUAUCAACAAUGAAAAG